GCGAAGUCUUCGAGCCACAUUCCUGAGCGGGACGCGCAAUUGUCUCCCAAUGGCAUGACGUCAUCGGGGUCACGGGGUCAUUCACGAGAACCCGCCGUAGCGCCAAGUGCACGUAACCACCAUGAUGCGCCCCACCGGGGAGGACGCAGGGGGGGAGCUGGACAGCCUGGACCCCCCUAUAGAAAUACUGGACCCCCAGCUGGCCAGGGAGCUACAGGAGUGCCGCUGCUGGAUAGAGUCUGUCACUGGAAAACAGUUUGGGAACAAAGACUUCCACACAGCCUUGGAGGACGGCACACUGCUCUGCAAACUGAUGCAGAAGAUUCAGCCAGGUUCCAUCAAGAAGAUUAACAACUUACCCACACCUUACGCCAAACUGGACAACUUGAACCUGUUCCUGCGGGCAUGUCUGGACCUAGGACUGACCAGGAACCAACUCUUCGAGCCCAGCGACCUCACCGACCUUACUACCAGGGAACGCCGAGACCCUGAGGAAGAAAGAAACAGGCUCAAAAAUGUGGCCAUCACGCUGUACUGGCUCGGUAAGACCAGUGAAGAGUUCCCGUCCUUCCCAGGUCCGUACCUGAACCGUGACCUGUUCCGCAACGUCAACAUCCAGUCUCCCUCCUCCACCAUGGACAUCUACGGUGCCCCCCCUUCUGGCCACUCCAAUGAGAAUGUCUACAGCUACAAACAUCGACCACAGGACUCCAUAGACAGUACCAUCAGCCAGGACUCCAGUUCAUCAGUGGAUCGCGGACAACUCAGCGGUAGUUUGGACUCGGACGACCAGCAGGACCCACGAGCGAGGAUGGGGGACGACAUGAUGAGCCGCCGUGCGGCGGGGUACCUGCCACGCCCACUCAAGAAGCGAAUCAGCGAGAGCCACAUGUUCCUGCCGCCCAAGGGGGGCUUCUUGAGCAAAAGCAACCCUGAGUUGAAUAAGACAUACCCAAUGAAGCAGAACUCAGUGGAUGAGGGUCGUAUGGGCAACGGUCGUCGGAAGUCCUCCUCAGGUGAUAUGAAGGAAGAAGAAGAAGAGAAGUCGCUCACAUAUGAGGACUACAAGAAAGAGAAAACAAAGCUCAAUGAAGACUCUGAUCUCUGGAGAUCGACUCUGGACACAUGGAAGUUACGGAGGAAGAGCAAGUCGUCUGCUGACCUCUGGGCUAAGAAGGAGGAGUGGGAGAAGGACAAGGUGGCCGAGCUGGACACCACCAGUAGACGCAAGAGCAAAACUUUCCAGGAGAUAGUGGACGAAAAAGGAGGCCCUGAUAUUGGAGAUGUUGCAAUUCAACUGCUCAGAAAAAAGCGUGAGCAGGAGCUGUCAGAUGAGUAUGCAGCAGCACUGGACGAGCGCGAGAGGGCGGAAAACGACGAUAACGUCUUUAACGGCGAGGACAGCGAACCGCCGGCGAGGUCAUGGCGCCCACAGCCGCAGCCCCGGAACGUCCGCAGAGAGGAUCCGUGGAGCGAUGACGAACAGCCCAGUAGGAAUGUACCAACUAACAAAGGGAGACCACCUCCUCCCCCAAGACGAGAUAGCUUCAAAAGGGGCCCUGCCCCUCCCCCAAGAGAAGACAGUGUCCCGAAGGCAUCGCCCGCCAAACCGUCAUGGCAACGGCCGGAACCAUCCCGGCAACAGCCCACACAGUCAUGGCAACGACCUGAGCCGGCACGACAGAGGUCAGACCAGUCAUGGCAACGACCUGAGCCGUCAUGGCAACGACCCCCACCGCCCAAACCAUCUGCCAGAGACUUACCUGAGGAAAAUAAGGAGAAUUCCGAGUCUGUCAGCAACAUACGGUCCAUGUGGCAGAGAAUGGAGCAGGAGGACCCUAAGGAAAGGGAAAAGGAACUGCCACGAGUCCCCCGGCCAAUGUGGGCCAGGGAGAGCCCCCCUGCUCAGCCAAUCAGGGCCAGAGACAGUCCUCGUGCUCAGCCAAUCAGGGCCAGAGACAGUUCCCCUGAACAGCCAAUCAGGGCAUCUCAGUCACCACUUUCCAGGAUGACAGCCAAACAGAAAAUGGAAGAGGUAGCCAAUCGGCCGGUGCGGUGGGAGUUUAAGGAAGGGUACAUGGUGACUAACCUUAACCUGUCCAAGUCGUCAGAUGAGAAAGGCUUCGGCUUUGCUGUGUCAGGAGGAAAAGAUGACAAGGCUCCUGUACUCAUCAGCUCAGUUGUACCAGGAGGGUCGGCAUCCAGAAGUCAGCUGCAGGUCGGGGAUGAAAUCCUUGCCAUUAACGAGGAGGACGUUUCACCGUUCAACCACAACACUGUCGUGGCCGCCAUCCGCGACUCGGCCAAGACAGGCAUCAUCUCGCUCUACAUCCGUCGGAAGGGUGCAGAACGCAACGCUUUUGCCAGCCUGGCCAAGGAGUUGGAGGCUAACGAUGGUUUCCCUGAAGAUGAGCCCGACAGCCCCGCCCCUCCACCGCGCCCGCCGCCUCCCGUGGACGAAUCCCCCGUCGUUCGGCAGGAGAAAGUACGGGUGGACCAGACGGCGCUCUCCCAGCAGUUAAACAGGUUGGAAGAUGAAGUUAAGGAAGAGCCGGUAACUCGAGCGGUGAAGGCACGAGAUGACGGGGCCCUGGCAGAAAGGAUUGAGCGGUUGGAAGGAGAGGUUAAAGAAGAGCCGGUGACACGAGCGGUGAAGGCACGAGAUGACAGGUCCCUGGCGGAGAGGAUCGAGCGUUUGGACAAGUUGGAUCGGAAAGACGGCACGUGGCAGUCCAAGGAGUGGAGGGUGGACCCACCUGGACAACACAUGGAGAUCUCCCUUCUUAAAGACGACCCUGAGCUGCAGCCCAAACCCGAGGUGGUUCUCCGGCGCAGGGACACUGAGUCUGAGUUAGCGUCUCAGAACCUGAAGCGCCGUUCCGACUUCUUCCUGGGCGUGGAUGCUAAAGCUGAAGAAGCGCCUCCAGCUGAAGUAGAAAAGCUGCAGAGCAAACUUUCCAGUUACACCCCGCCACAGAUAGACGCAGGCUACAAGCCGCUGGAGUCCCGGCCACGCUCCUAUAACCUGGAGGACGAACGGAACCGGCUGGCAGAGUGGCAGAGGUCACAGGAAGAGCGCCAGAGGGAACAGUUCCAGAAACAGCAGGAACAGUUCAAGGUCGACUACGAGAAUCGGCUCAAGAAGUCCAUAGAGAGGAAGAAGUCUGACCCUGCCCUGCUGUAUGCUCCAAAACCCUGGGCUAGUGUCAAGCCGCCUGUCAGCAAGUCUUCCAGGCCAAGUGGUGAGGAAGAGGAGUCAAAAACUCUGCAGGAUCGCAGCAGCUGGGAACAGCAGCAGCUGCAGCUCAGGGAACAGCAGAGGAAGGCAGAGGAGGAACAGCAAAGAAAAUUGGCUGAGGAAGAACAGCAGAGAAGGUGGGAGGAGGAACAGCAGAGAAAAAGGGAGGCAGAAGAGCAGAGAAGAAGAGAGGAGGAGGAACAGCAAAGGAGGUGGGAGGAGGAACAGCAAAGACGAAGAGAAGAGGAACAGCAAAGACGAGAGGAGGAACAGCAAAGAAAAUUAGCUGAAGAACAGCGGCAAAGAGAGGAAGAGGAACAGCAAAGGAGGUGGGAGGAGGAACAGCAAAGAAGAAUGGAAGAGGAACAGCAGAGAAAAUUAGCUGAAGAACAGCAAAGGAAAGAGGAAGAAGAACAGCAAAGGAGGUGGGAGGAAGAGGAGAAACGAAGACAAGAGGAGGAAGACAGGAGACGGUGGGAGGAGGAAGAGGAGGAGAGAAGAUGGCAGGAGGAACAGGAGAGGAAGAGAGAAGAAGAGCUUGCUCGAUCCAGGGUGGAGAAUGGGGAGCCUGACGCUGGAGACCAGUUCUACUAUGACGAGAAGGAGCAGCAGCCUCCUCCGCCGGGGCAGAGAUGGGACGAUGAGGAGGAGAAACGGGCGGAGCAGAUGAUGCUGCAGGAGGAGGAGGAGUUCAUGAGAGAGCAGGAGGAGAUGAGGAAAAAGGCCGAACUGGAGCGACAGAAGCGGGAGGACGAACGGAGGAGAAUCGAGCAGCACCGGCUGGAGAUCGAGAACCAGCGAGCGCGUCUACAGCAGGCCUCGCAGGACCACAGCCCGCCAGCCCCGCCCGCGGUCCACCGCCCGUCUCCCCAGCCCAGACAGCCGCCCCAGGACCACCCGGAGGAGGAGUGGGAUGCGGAGGAGGAGAGAGCCAGGAUCGAGGCGGCUGCUAAACAACACCAGCGACUCAUGGAGGAGGAGGAGAGGAGGAGGAGACAGCGCAGGGCUGAGGAGCAGGAGAACAGGAGGAUGGAGGAAGCCGGGAAUGUUCCAGAUAUCCGGCCCCUCCCACGAGGGCCCCAGGAGCGGCCAGGGUCAGAGAACCAGCCCCAUUGGUUAAUUGAGGAGGCAGAGCGACGGCGACUACAGGACCAGGGGCAACCCCGCGCUCCAGGCAUCAUCGAGCCCCUCCCACCGCUGGUAAAACCACAACCAAAGAACAGGCACUCUAUGCACGGACCACCCACCGGACCGCCCUCCCACCCACCACCGGACGUCCCGCGCAGAAUCCACCCCAACAGGAGCGACGAGGACGUUCAGGCACGAAUGAUAAACCGCCGUUCUGCCCCACCGGAGCGGACGACAUCGCAGGGACCAAUCCCAGACCACAUUAAGGACGCGCUAACCCAGCGUGCCACACGUCCGCAGCAGAGCCCACCGUCGCGUCCCGUGGGAGGGGGAAAGUCUGUGAGCGGACGGAAACUGUGCACGCACUGUGGAGAACCGCUAGGCCGUGGCGCCGCCAUGAUUAUUGAGUCGCUGGCUCUGUUCUACCACAUCACCUGCUUCCGCUGCUCCGUGUGCGGGAUCCAGCUGGGGAACGGCCAGCAGGGCACCGACGUUCGGAUUCGGGCAAACGCGCUCCAUUGUUCCAACUGCUACAGCAACGAGAAAGGUUCCGGGGCAGGCAGUGCCCUCCCUUCUACUUCUUCCUCUGAUUGAACCAGUCUUCCAUCUGCAUGCACGUUGCCAUGGUGAUGCCUUCACUGCUGUAUGAGACCAUACCAUACAUCAUCAACAUUGGUGUGAGACCAGAUCCCAUCAUCAACACUGGUGUGAGACCAGAUCCCAUACAUCAACAACAUUGGUGUGAGACCAGAUCCCAUACAUCAACAACAUUGGUGUGAUACCAGAUCCCAUCAGUAUCAUUGAUGUGAGACCAGAUCCCAUCAACAACAUUGGUGUGAUACCAGAUCCCAUCAACAACAUUGAUGUGAGACCAGAUCCCAUCAACAACAUUGGUGUGAUACCAGAUCCCAUCAACAACAUUGGUGUGAGACCAGAUCCCAUCAACAACAUUGGUGUGAUACCAGAUCCCAUGGAUACCCCUCAAGUGGAAUAUUCCCCUGAAGUGAUUUAUUAUUUACUGUAUUAUUUUUAGCAUGAUUGUUUAUGUCCUGUCACUACUGCAAUUAAAUAACAGGACAGUAGGAAUUAUUUUAUGACGUUUUAAAUGAAACUGAAAGUUUUGUUACCCACUGAUUUGUAGCUUGAAGGAAUGUAUUUUAUAAAAUACUUAAUUGAAGUAUUCGUGGAUAUGCAAAAUGUGGUUGUGUCACAUUUAUACAUAACUUGCUGUUAUUGUUGUUAGGGUGUAGAUUUACCAUCCUAUCAUAUUAUUGAUAACCAAUAUGUAAGAACCUGUACAUCUAGAGCAUUGAUGUGAAUAUCGUUCUUAUUAUCAAGUGUUUUAUCAGGCUUGGUCUGGUGCAGAGGGUAUUUUAUGUAGACAUAAGGUAAGGUAUGAUUCUGUACAAAUUCUUAAGAUUCUCAGUGAGAAUAGCUCACAAAACAAAUUCUACAUACUAGUAUAAAUAGGUCUACAUACAUGCUACAUACAUGUGGUACUGCAGCGAAGGGGUGUGGUAUGGGUGUCUAUAAUGUGUGUAAUAAAUAGGUCUUUACUAUGUAACGUGUACCAAUUGGGUACACAUGGAGUUAUAUGUCGAAAGAAUGUUGGCAACGUAAAAAGCCCACCUGUGGCUAUAGCUGAUUUCAUGUCUGGUUGGCUGUCAUAUACUACUUUCUGCUGUUGUUGUUGUGGUUGUUGUUAUUGUUCUUUUGGCCUGGAUGUUUGGGAGGGUGCUUGUAUGAAAAAAAAACUAGCUGGUUACAGAACAGUUGUAGCACAGAAACAGGUUACAGUGGGGCAGCUAGAACUUAGUACACCACAGAUGUCAGCGUUUGAAGUGGUCAUGAUAUGUUUUGAUGUUUCUGGACACGUCAGCAUUUAUGACAAGUUACUCUCAGUAUUUGUACAAUAUACAAACAUGUAGUGUAAUACAGAAAAUGUAUAAUUAUGGAGUUUGAAUGUGUAUUGGUGAGUGUAGCAAUGCAGAUGGUAUGGAGAACAUACAUGACAUGGUGUAUCACUGUGGGCCUAGCUACAUGUAUAUUUGUAAACAUGAAUGUUUGGCCCAGGAACUCGAGACUCACUCACUGACUCACUAUCCAGUUUAUCGUCUGUUGUUCCCCGUCAUCCAAGGGUUAGACGUGCUUGAUUCUGAGGCUUGAUGGCAGCACGCCUACCAUUUGCCUCUGUCCAGAGACCUACAUGUAGGAACAUUUAGUAGACGUUUUUCCCAAUAACGUGGAUUUUUGCCAGUGUUGUUUUUACCGAACUUUAACUUGUACAGAACCUCUUUAACCUUCCUCAAUCUCUGCCAUCUUGAAGACAGCAAGAAGAUGUUACAAAGCAAGGCAGACAUCUUGUCAAGGAUCUUCGUUUCUGUGGAAGACAAUUGAUGUCUUAACUAGCAUUUACUGUUUUUCUACACCAACCAGAGGCUACUGGUAGUGACAUCAGAGUUGUGAUCGCAUGAAUUUACAUGUAUUAACCCAAGCAAAUUUACAUAAAAUUAUGUAUUGGAAGGCCAAUUUGAUGUUUGUGUUGAUAGCGCCAUUUGAAAUGACAGGAGGACAAAAGUUGAUUUUGGGGACAUUGUUUUGUGUCAAACAACAAGAAUUUAAUUGUUACUACCAACAUCUGUAUUAGAAAAUAAAUGUCAUGGAAUAUGA